CUUCAGGCUGUACAGUAAUCCCGUUAGCCGCGGGCGGCCGGUGUGGAGAUCUCAGCAGACCUGUGCCGGCUGCGCCGCACUCUGGACCUCUACGCCGGCGGCAUGCAGAACCCCCUGUAGACACGCAGGAUGUUUAACUGGGUGGUGAAAGUGGUCCCACAACCCCCUGAAGCUCCUGGAACAGACGACGCCGCCAAGACCCCCGCCGGUGGUUCAACAGGGAAGCAACCUCCACAGAAAAACUCGGAUGAGAAUUCAGAGGACAGCCAGGCCCAGGCGGGAGUUUUAGGCUGGCUGUCCAAUGGGUUCGUCAGCGCCUUGCCUCAACCUUCGGGUUCCCCUCGACUCAGCAGGUCCACCUCUGAUGCCAAGCCAGGAGAGGAUGGAGAGAGGUCUGGAGUGAUAGGUUGGGUGACUCAGGGUCUGACCAAGGUGUUGCCUCAGCCUGAGGAAAAGUACAAGGAGGCGGAAAACAAUGACGAACCCACCGAGAUCUAUGAAGUCGAAACGAUGCCAGAUUUUGAUCCCCUCCCCCACAUCCCAGUGGUGGAGAUUUUGUCGGAGGACGAGUCGGAGGUGGAGACGCCUCAGUUCCCUCCAAACGUGGUGACGUGGAUAAAGCGGAUGGUCCCUCAACCAAUUUUACUGCCCCCUGGUGCCGUACCCAUUGAGCCAUCAAGCAGGGCAUCCCAUUCCUCACUGGACAAAAUUUUGUCUCCACCACCCGAGUCCCUCAGUGGAAUCUCACUGGAUACUGACAGCAAGGCCUCAGCUGUGGUUGGCUGGUUUGUGUCAGGACUCGGCCUGAAGAUGCCUCAGCCUGCACUUCCAUCCAGAGAUAAUGCUGAGAGUGCGACUGAAGUUCUACAGAAAGCUUCAUCCAAACUCAAACCUGACCUGGUCCUCGAAGACGUGGACUCGGACAACGAGGACCAGCAUAAACUCCAAGAUCAGUCCAGAGCUGCGGCGCUGACUCGGGAAGCGACACAGCCGGCACAGGCCGACCCGCAGCCAGAAUCCCCAGACAGUGCGGGAAGGUCUCAAGAAGACGCCGAGACCCAGACGGGCCGCUGGACGCCCUUCAUCGAAAACAUCAAGAAGGAGGCCGAAGGUGCUGCUUUUGCUAACAUGGAGGAACGUCUGCUGCAGGAGCGCGUGGACGUGGCACGGAUUGCUGAGGAGGUGGCCAGAGAGACGGCUGAGACGGCCAUCAGACAGAUGACCAGUGAGGGGCACUCCAUUAAUUUAUCACUGGGGAGUAAAGAGCUGCUGCAAGAGGAGCCUGAAGUCGAGCUGCCAGUGGAACAAGAAGAGGAGAGCGAAGUGGACAAAGUCACAGAAACAGAGCAAAGCCCGGCUGUGGAGACGGAGGAACUAGAGCCAAAAGAGGAAGAAAAGUCGCAGCAGACCACCGCCUCUCCACCUCCAAGUCCUGAACCAGUUCAGAUUGCUGCGCCGGAACCAGAACCAGAACCAGAACCAGAACCAGAACCAGAGCCAGAGGUCGAGCCCCAGGAAGCGCACUCAGAAGCCGAGCCUGUGACCCAGCAGCCACAGAGAGCAGAGGAAGGCGGUCAAAGCACUGAGGCGGACAAAGCUGGUGAAAAAGAGGAGGAAGCUCCUGGAGACGACUGUGGUGAGAGCUCUAGCCUCAGCCUUCGUCCAGCUGUCAACGUAGAGGAUGUUGACUCGGAACAUGAGAAAGGAGGAGAAGGAGGGGCAGCGGGGGAGGAACAGAGCAAUCUCCCCAAAAUCCUCCCCCCUCAGGACCCCAAACUUACAACCCUCACCGUCCCUGUGACCCCGUCCGGAGGUCGUCAAAGUAAAGGAGAUAAAGAUAGUGGAAGGAAUCGUAGGACUAUCUGGACAAAGAUUAGGACCCUUCACUCUCAAAGUGAAGAUGAUGAUGAUGAAGGAAGAAUGCCUGUCAGAGCCUGGCCCAGCCAGUCCAGCCUGCCCUAUUCAGAUGAAAUACUGAGAGAGCGGCCAGCGUCUGCAGCCAGUCAGACCAGUACGGUGGUCAACGACCGCCUUCAGGAGCUGGUCCGCAUGUUUAAGGAGAGAACAGAGAAGGCGAAGGAGAAACUCAUUGACCCCGACAGCUCAGACGAAGACAGCAUCAUCCCCUCUCCUCCUCAGCCUGCUCCCGGUGCUCAGCCACUGGACGGUGUAGAGAAGGAGGCACAGGCAGGUCCAUCAGGAGGAGCAGGAGGAGGAGGAGGAGUGGAGAGCGGGGUGGUCGAGGAGCAGGCCGGCCGUUGCUGCAAGGUGAAAACUCCUCGGUGGAUACGAGCUUGUAUGCACUACCGCUUCCCUGCCAGCAUCGACCCUUUCACCAACCUAAUGUACGUGCUGUGGAUGCUUUUGGUUUCUCUGGCGUGGAACUGGAACGCGUGGUUCAUCCCGGUGCGCUGCUCUUUCCCCUACCAAACCCCAGACAACAUUUACUACUGGCUGCUGACCGACUACCUGUGCGACCUCAUUUACAUCCUGGACAUCACCGUCUUCCAGCCGCGCCUACAGUUUGUUCGCGGAGGUGACAUAGUGUGUGAGAAAAAAGACAUGAGAAAGAAUUACAUGACAACCAGGCGAUUCAAAUUUGAUGUUGCCAGUCUUGUUCCCCUGGAGCUCUUCUAUUUUAAAACUGGCAUCAACCCUCUCCUUCGCUUGCCCAGGCUGCUCAAGAUCAACUCCUUCUUUGAGUUCAAUGAGCGUUUAGAGGCCAUCUUGACCAAAGCCUACAUCUACAGAGUGAUCCGCACCACCACCUAUCUCCUUUACUGUCUCCACUGUAAUGCCUGUCUCUACUACUGGAGCUCUGCCUUCACGGGAAUAGGCUCCACCAUAUGGGUGUACAAUGGCGAAGGCAACAGUUACAUUCGCUGUUACUACUUUGCGGUGAAGACCCUGAUCACCAUCGGUGGUCUGCCGGACCCCACCACCCUGUUUGAGAUCAUCUUCCAACUCAUCAACUACUUUGUUGGAGUCUUUGCCUUCUCUAUCAUGAUUGGACAGAUGCGUGACGUGGUGGGUGCAGCUACAGCAGGUCAGACCUACUACCGCACAUGUAUGGACAACACGAUCAAAUAUAUGUCCUCCUAUCGCAUACCCAAAGACGUGCAGAACCGCGUCAAAACCUGGUACAACUACACCUGGCAAUCACAAGGCAUGCUGGAUGAGCAGGAACUGCUGACUCAGUUGCCAGAUAAGAUGCGCCUGGACAUUGCUAUAGACGUCAACUACUCCAUUGUCAGCAAAGUCCCUCUUUUUCAGGGUUGUGACCGUCAGAUGAUCUUUGACAUGCUGAAAAGCCUCCGCUCCGUUGUCUACCUGCCCGGGGAUUACGUCUGCAGAAAGGGCGAAGUGGGUCGGGAGAUGUACAUCAUAAAGGCUGGCGAGGUGCAGGUGGUCGGGGGACCGGACGGCAGGACAGUGUUUGUCACUCUCAGGGCGGGAUCGGUCUUUGGAGAAAUCAGUUUGCUUGCGGUAGGCGGCGGUAACAGGCGAACAGCAAAUGUAAUCGCCCACGGAUUUGCCAACCUCUUCAUCCUCGACAAGAAAGACCUGAACGAGAUCCUGGUCCACUACCCCGAGUCCAAGAAACUGCUCCGCAAGAAGGCCAGGAAGAUGCUCAACAAGGGAAAGAAACCUGAACCCAAAGAAGAGGUGAACCCGGCUCACGUCCCGGCAGCCCCUCUCAGACCAGAAACUCCCAAACUGCUGAGAGCAGCCUUGGAGAUGGCAGAGAAAUCCUCUGGACUGAAAGGAGCUCUGUCUAAAUUCAAAGAGAAGUACAGCAAGUCCAGCGUCUCCCUACAGCCCUCCCUCUCCUCCUCCCUGCCUCCUCCGUCCCCCACCUUCAGUUCCGGAUCCGACAGAGAUGUCGACUCGCCAUCGCCCGUCUCCACCUGCUCUGCAGCGCUCCGCUCCGCCUCCCAUCGCCCCGACAACAGCGACUCCGCGGUGCCUCCCUCUGCAUCCAGGGGCUGCGGUGACGCAGACCAGGAGCGUGACGUGGACCGAAGAGAGGCGGGCGUCGGCGAGGUCGAAGGGAGCGAGGGUGGAAAGAGGAAAGAAAAGAAGUUGUGAUAGUUCAUUAGAGGAUAAGGACAAAAGAUAUUUAAGGAGAAGGGAAAUAGGAGGGAUCACUGGGGAAUGAAGAAAUGCUCUUUUUGAAAGGAAUGUGGAGGAAUAAACAACGGAAGAGAAGGCCGGCUGAAUUUUGCAACGCAGAAGUGACGAGGUGUUGCUGAUGAACACGUACAAAACUGCUAUACCUGAUCUGCAAGUGGGCGUUUUGUAGGACAGCAUCAUUGCAAAAAUAUAAAGGCAGUACUGUAAUCCUCACUGACCGAUGUCCACUAACCAAAUAUCACUACCAUGACAUUAGCUGUUGUAGGAUGAGCUGAGUUAACCAUUAGACUAAAUAUAGGUAAAAAGCAAGAUAAAAGCAAGCCAUUUAACUCUCCACUAUUCAACCACAUCAUCAUCUACACCGAGGUGACAAUGUCAGGCCAUAACUGUGAACUUGGACGAGUCCUUUCAACGGAACCGAACUUCUUAUCUUUCCAAAUCACACCAAAAGGUUUUUGCUGUUGUUGUCUGCUGACAGUAGGUUUCUUUUGUAACUUGAAUUAACAAUUUGCCUUACACGUUGUGUAAUUUAGGGUGUGAGUAGUUUGCAGUGCUGAUGUAUUUAAAAGUGGUUCUGAAGAACAGCACCGACCUAGAAAACCUGUUUUUAAUGUUAAUGUUUAAUGUAAUAAAAUGAUCUUCUGUACCUCCAUCAUGAGAAAUGUUACCAAAAAUGUUGACAUUGUCAGGUCAUUGUAACGUCAUCCCAGAUUAUUCUGCAUGGAUUUCCAGGCUCUCUUUGGCAAUGAUAGCUUUAUGAAUUGCGAGUUAAAACAUCACCUUUUUAACUGAUUUAACAUGCUAAUCUAAGCAGUAUAUAUUAUAUACAUAUUAAUAAUCAAUCAUGUAUAUAUAUAGCCAUCAACACAUGUAAUAGCAUUGAUUUACAUAUUUUAUAACUAUAGUCAACAUUUUAAUUGUCAUGUUUUCUUAUGUACAGUAAUGUAAAUACAUUUAUAUUUUGAAAGUUAGAUGAAUUUCACUCUCCUGUUCAUGUAAGAUCACUUUCCUGCUUGUAGUGCUGUGACAUGUACAUACUGUACAUUCUAAUAGUGCUUAAUAUAUAAAGUGUGCUGUAAAAUGUUAUAGUUAUAGUUAUAUGUUAUAAUGUUACAGACACAGCAUGAUGUUUUUCUAUAGAUGGUUUUAUCGAUACAGCCUCUGAAAAAGGGCCGUAGACCAGCUAACCACACUGCCAGACCAUCUAUAGAGAAGAUCUGCAAUGUUUUUCUCCUUUAUGGUUAUAUGUUUGUGUGUGUGUUUGUGUGUCUGUGUAUAUGUGUUAGUGUGUGGUGAGAGGGGAGGGAUUUUCGCAUAAUGAACACAGUGAAUGUGUAUGUAAUAUAGUGCCCUUAAAACUUGUGAGUGAAUAAAUGAUCUGUAUCAGCAUAA